AUGAAGUGGGACAGCCUUCCUAUUCUGCUUUGUGCCACCAUGGCCCUGGCUGCCGAAGCCACCAUCGAUCCCCCUCCCGAAUCACUACUGGUCUGGCCAACAUGGGAUGUGGACGCUAUCAAUAGCGCUGAGCCAACUGCAUGGGCCUCAUCGUUCGAAUAUAACUCCGCUUUUGACAGGUCCGUGGAACUGGAAAUGCUCGAGGGCACCAUGCCAGCUUGGUACAAUAGCCUGCCAGAGAGCGUCAAGGCUUUCGAAUCCACAAGGAAUGUUGCUCUUGAAUCCUGGGCCCUUGCGCAUAAUUCGCAUUGGUACACCAAUGAGGCUUGGUAUACGUCUACCUAUCCCACUGCCACUGCCCCGACCACUGCAACCGCUACCGCUACUGUUGCGACUGCAACUUCUUCCUCAUCCAUCGGUCAGGGAGUGUCGGCUCCUGCUAAUGGAGUGAUGAUGCCCAUGGCUGGUGCGGUUGGCAUUCUGUGUAUUGCCCUUGCUCUUUGA